AUGGGUGCCGUCGUUUCUUGCAUCAAGUCGGUCUUCCAGUCCAUCGGCUCCUGCCUGAUGGCCAUUGUCCACGCCAUCGGCUCCAUCUUCAUGGCAAUCAUCAACGGCAUCGUCUCGCUCUUUGACAUCAUCAUCGGCUGCCUGACCUGUCGCCGCGGUGGAGGUAGACGCCGCAAGACCACCAGCCACGUCUGA